AUGCCCGAAAUGGGGCUUCGGAUGGCCUCCACCACGCCGAUUUCCUUUUUAUUUCUGCUGGUCUCCUCCGUGACGGCCACCAGCGGCGAGUCGAUGUUCAAACAGUCACUGAAGGGGCGAUGUCAACGGAUCGAAAUCGAGCUCUGCAAGGACAUCCCGUACAACAUGACCUUUCUGCCGAACCCGAUGCUCGGCCACGAUCAGCCGAAUAUGCAGACGCUCCAAGCCCAAACCGAACAAUUCAAGCCGCUGAUCAAGACGAAAUGCCAUCCACAUCUCCAAUUUUUCAUUUGUUCCGUGUUCGCCCCGAUGUGCCCCAAGGACAUCCCGCAGGCCGUCACCAGUUGUCGAUCGUUGUGUGAACAGGUAAAAGCCGACUGCAAAUCGAUCCUCGACGAAUUCGGAAUCCCGUGGCCAGAGCCGCUGCAAUGUGAGCGAUUCCCCGAGCAGGCGAACGGCCUCUGCAUGAACCCACCGGAUGGACCAGAGCAUCAAAAGCCAUCACCCGUCUUUCGCCCCUCCCUAACCCAUCACACUUCAAAGGUGCCAUCGUGCCCGAAAUAUCUGGUGAACGUCGACCCAGCGGACGUGAAUGGCGUCUGUGCCCUUCCGUGUGAUGUGAACGUCUUCUUUUCACAAGACGACAAGGAUGUUGCGCGUCGAGUGAUGGUUGUGAUGGGGGCCGUCAACGUGCUGCUCGCCUCCUUCACCUUCUUUACGUAUCUCAUCGAUAGGCAUCGAUUCCGGUUUCCGGAGAGAUGCGUCUUCUUCAUGUCAUUCUGUAUGGCGCUACUUGCCCUCCCGCAGCUCUUCCCCGUCAUCUGGCCGACCGUCCAGCAGCGUGCCUGCGAGACGAUGCACAACGGAAAUAGCUAUUUGACAUUCGCUGGCUACGAGAACCCGCGCUGUCUGCUCUCCUUCGCGCUCAGCUACUAUUUUGGGAUGGCGGCCAGUCUGUGGUGGUUGAUGUUUGCGUUUACAUGGUACCUCUCAGCAGGCCGUCGCUGGGUUCCGGAAGGUGUCGAGGCUUGUUCCCCCUAUGUCCAUCUGAUCGCGUGGGGCACUGCGGCGUUGGCCACCAUCGUUGUGCUAGUUAUGCGACGCGUUGACGCCUCCGAGUUGACGGGCGUGUGUUCUGUUGGCCAAAUGGACGCGGAGGGGCUUCUUUUCUUCCAGCUUCUCCCGCGUGCCCUCAUCACCGUCAUGGGCACCUCGUUCAUUCUGCUGGGGCUGUCGGGCGUUUGUCAAGAGGGUCAACUGCUGCGUAGAAGGGGCAUGGACACCUCGAAGAACCACAAGCUCGUGCUCAAGCUGAUCAUGUUCUGCGUGUUCUACCUGCUGCUCGUCGGCGCGACGCUCGUCUGCGACUAUCUGCACUUUGUCGACAUGCACACCCUCAACACGGCCACGUUGCACUGCAAGCAGUUCGGCGGAGUUGAAUCGGGGAGUUGCAGACAACCACCAAGACUACAGGCUUCUCGCUAUAUCCUCUCCCUGAUCAUGAGCCUCCUUGGCGGUGCCGCGUGUUCCCUCUGGAUUUUAUCGCCCAAGACGUUUGCCAGCUGGCAGCGCGCGAUUUUCUGUGGCAUGUGUUCGCCAGCCCCGCAGAAAACGGCAUCAGCCAGCCGACUGGCCUCUUCUUCUCGCCCACUACUCGAGCCACCAAUUCCGGUGGCGCCUCCGCCACACCCGCCCACCCACUACGCCCCGCUCCACUCGACGCAUUCGACGCACGUAUGGAGACCCAGCAACGUCGUA